AUGGCAGAAGCAGAAGCAAGCCAGGCAGGCGAUCACUGGUAUAUGCCUGGCACUGUGGAAUACAGCAACCUGUGUGAUGUGGUCCUUGUGGUCCAAGGCCAGAAGCUGCCAGUGCACAGCGGCGUCCUGGCCCUGCACUCUCAAUUCUUCUGCAGGAUGCUGUCAGACCUGACAGCGAGCGGUGAAUGCACAAAGGAGGAUGGUAGAACAGUGAUAACAUUGGACAAGGCUGUGGGGGCGGAUGAGGCGAGACUGAUGCUGGCAGUCGCAUAUGGACGGCGCACGAAGCUGACAACGGCCAGGGAGGCCUGGAGCAUGGUCCACCUGGGCGACAAGUACGAGAUGGCGCCCCUGUUCCGGGCGACGGAGGAGAAGCUGUGCGAGCUGGAGGACAGCCUGUACUUCAUCAAGCGUGAAGCUGACUGGUCCGUCUCCGGCGCAUGCUCGGAAGCCCCACCGGAGGCCGACGGCGAGGACGAUUGCCUCAACGCCGCGCGCUGGCUGGGCGUCGCCGACCGCCUGGCGAUGCACGACCUCAAGCGCAAGUGCCAGCGUGUGAUCAUGCGCGACAUGAUCGAGGGAAUGCAGCCGUCCCCGAUGCGCCCCGAGCUGGACGCGGCGAUGGAUGCCCUGAACGCCCACAACGUCGCCCCUCGCAGCGUUUGUGAGAUUUUUGGGGCGUUCAUGCGGCUGGAUCGGCCGAGUGCACUCAAGUGCGACAACUGCCAGGCGGCCCAGGCGCUGGCGCAGCUGUUCUGCACGUCGUGCCACCGCAAGGGGAUGGCGCACGACGGCAGGAAGGAUUUUCGUUGCCUGAGCUGCAGCGUGAGGCGGCCGCUGAGCCAGCUGUACUGCUACAGCUGCCAGUACACGGGGCGGCUGCGGUGCGAGACGUCCACAAACAACAAGGACGACGUGUACACGGCGCUCAAGGAGCUGCAGCUGGAGCGCUGA